AUGGCCGAAGCUGUGUUUGCUCAUACUGCACUGCAAAAAGGUCUACAAUCACGUUUCAUCGUUGAUAGCGCGGGGACUGGUGCAUAUCAUAUUGGUGAACCACCUCAUCCUCGAACGGUUAAGUUAUGCACUGACAAUGGUAUACAUAUAGAACAUACUGCAAGAAAGAUAAGAGUAAAUGAUUUUGAUGAAUUCGAUUAUAUUUUUUGCAUGGAUGACAUGAACUUAAGAGAAGUUAAAAGGAUGAAGAAGUCAACUAAAAAUUCAAAAGCUAUUGUUAAGUUAUUUGGUGAAUAUGAUCCACAAGGACAAAUUACUAUAGAUGAUCCUUACUACUCUGGAGAAGAAGCUUAUAGGGACAUUUUUGUGCAAAUUACUAGGUGUUCGGAAGCAUUUUUACAAAGCUUAGAACUUUAA